UACAUCACUCGGUAAAAGGGAGGCUUUCAGGCUGGAGGUGCGGAACUUUGGCGAACCCAGAGUGGAGCGUUUUAGAAACCAAACGUCUCUGAGGUCAUGAGCUUGGUUGUGCGGAACCUGCAGCGCGCGGUCCCGCUGCGGCGUGCGCGACUCCGCCGCGACGUGGAGCUUCUCAGGCGGAUCGCGGGGAUUGAGCGGUUCGACCUGGGACUUGCGUGUGUGGACAACCGCAGGAUGCAGCGCCUCAACGCCGCCUACAGGAGGACGGACGAGCCCACGGACGUGCUGUCCUUUCCUUUCUACGAGGGCCCGCGGCUGGAGGCCGGCAAACUGAGCUCCAUGAGUCGUGAGCUUCCCCGCGACGAGCUCAACCUCGGGGACGUUGUGCUGGGGGUGCAGUACAUCAUGGACAUGGUGAUGGCCCCGUGCGUGGAGUCUUCGCGCGAGGAUUUCUACGGCGCCCUCACCGUAAUCACUCUCCAUGGAAUUUGUCAUCUCCUUGGGUACCGGCAUGACACUCAUGAGCAAUGGACAGAGAUGUUCCAGAAGGAAAAGUACAUCCUGUCCGAAUUCAACAGACUGACAGGCGGCCAACUGGAGCCGCUCACCGGGAGGGACGCCUCGUGAAGGAGACGGCCGCAGAGCGAGGAACCUGCGGUGCGGCUCGGCGAAGGGGAGUCGCGUGAAGCCGAGGAUUUUCGAGUCCUGGCUCGGAAGAGGUCGUCGGCAGCGAACGUACUGCAUGUUGCCGAAAGUCGGAUGAAGGGGUCAGUGACUUUACGUCCGACAUCUUCGCAAACAAGGAGAAGUACCACGGUGUAACGCCCCUAAUGUUUUCUUACUUACUGUGUUUGAAACAGCCAUGCUGGAUGUGUGGUAGGGAAUGAAAGUGUGACUCUUGCUCAGGCUCGCUGAUCGGAAGCCUCACGUGACGGCUUCAUGAUUAAGAACCACACGUCUGCAUCCAAGUGUCUCUUUCUGCUAAUGUAAUACACACAUUGUAU